AUGCUGGACGAACGCGAGCUGGCCAUCAACCCUGUCCUAACCCACGCCAGNACUGUCUCCAACAUCCGCUCCCUGACUGCCUCCCUCUUUGGUGUUGCUGCCGGUACUCUUGGCCUCGAAUCCUUCCCCGGUUUCCUCUUCUACGCCCUGGGCUCCCUCGUCGUCUCUCUGCUCAUCUUCUCCCUUCGCGCCAACGUCCAAGCCAAAUCCUACUUCCACUCGCCCAUCGCUGACUUGUGGAUCGGCGACCUGUUCGGAGGUCUCAUGAGCUUUGCCAACCUUCUCAAGAAGGUCGUCGAAGCCAUCAAGGACCUUGUCCAGGACUGCAACUUCGAAUGCAACGACUCCGGUGUCGGCCUCCAGGCCAUGGACAACUCACACGUCGCCCUCGUUUCCAUGCUGCUCAAGGCCGACUCCUUCUCGCCCUUCAGAUGUGAUCGCAACAUUGCCCUCGGCAUCAACCUCGUCUCUCUGCAGAAGGUUCUUCGCGCCGCUCAGGACAAGGACAUCCUGACCCUCAAGGCCGAGGACUCGCCCGAUGUCGUCAACCUCGUCUUCGAGAGCUCCGAGAGCGACAGAAUCAGCGAGUACGACAUCAAGUUGAUGGACAUUGACCAAGAGCACCUUGGUAUCCCUGACACCGACUACGCCGCUUCCAUCACUCUGCCCUCGGCCGAGCUCCAGCGCAUCUGCAGAGAUCUGUCUGCCCUCUCAGAGUCCGGUAAGUUUCUCGAAUCGUCGCAACAUGACUGCAGACAACUAACAAGGUGCAACCANGUCAACAUCGAGUGCACAAAAGAAGGAGUCAAGUUCGGCUGCACCGGCGACAUCGGUUCGGGAUCCGUCACUCUCCGCCAGCACACCAACGUCGACAAGGAAGACCUGAACGUGGACAUCCAGCUGUCAGAGCCCGUUUCGCUCACCUUCUCGCUCAAGUACCUCGUCAACUUCUGCAAGGCUAGCGGUCUUUCAAGCAGAGUCAAGUUGUGCCUGUCUACCGACGUGCCGCUCAUGGUCGAGUACUCGCUUGCAAACAACAGCUACCUCAGAUUCUACCUCGCCCCCAAAAUUGGUGACGAGGAGUAA